AGAAAGUCAAGCGAACGCUGGUUCCUUGCCAGCAUUUGCAAGAAAUGAAAUGCUUCGAAGAUGUCGCAAAGGUAAAAUGCAAGGCGAAGUGCUCUAUCAGGCUACAAUGUGGACAUGCGUGCGAAAAAUUCUGCCACGUGGAAGAUGACCCGAAGCAUGUUUUAUCCAAGUGUUGGAAGCCUUGUGGAAAAUCGUGUUCCAGGGAACAUCCAUGUGCAGAUCCUUGUCCUCCAUGCGACGAAGUAUUGGAUGUAACAUUACCAUGCGGUCAUCUCGUGAGAACAUUUUGUCACGUGGAAGAAGAUGUUUUGGAAUGCGAAGCUAAG